CUACUCCACAAAGAUCCAAGUUAUUUAAUCUUCAUUAUUAUUUACCCGUCACAAUCGAACCUAGCCUAUAAAUGAUCACCGCAAGAUUCCCAGCAAUCUAGUGCGUAUUCCGAAAUAUACCAAUCAACUAACCUAAGCAUGGAGCACGAUGAUGAUGUUUACCACACCACAGAACUCGCUCAGAAAAAUUGGAACCGCGUCAUAAAUGUAGCUGCCACGGCUGGGUACAGGGAAGGGAUAGAAACAGGAAAGCAGUCGGUUUUCCAAGAGGGUUUCGACAUCGGAUAUGAAGAGGCUUUUCAAACUGCAUUCGCAUUAGGAAGGUAUAAAGGCCUUGCAAUCGCAAUGGCUGGAAGUCAUCAAAGUCAGUUUCAUAUUGACAAUAUACUGGAACAAACUCGGCACGGUGCUUGUCAGAUUUGCAUUGCCGAAUCGAAAAAGAACAGAUGUGACGAGGAAGAGUUUGUAGAACCUCCACUACAAAAAGUCAGAGAUGCGCAAAGAAAAUAUUCCAUGAAGAUAUUGGGGGCCUUGGAGGAAAUGUUUGACACACCUCUCCGAGAACUAGGAAGGCAAUUGGAUGAUAUCCGAUUGUAGCUCUACAUUUUUUGGAGAAAGUGGGCUACUUGUGGAUGGUAUCAUGAACGGACGUUACUCGGUUUACCGAAAUUUUAUUCAUUCAAAUCUCGUGGGUUUUUUUAUAUCACGAUAAAUAAAAAAUACAUGUGAACAUGAA